GUUGAACUGGGUCCGGUUCUCAAAUCCAAGAAAUUGACCUUCCGUUUCUGAUCAGUUCGCUUCUCUCCGCCGCGAUUGGGCACUUCUUCGUGAUGGCCAAUCCUGAAGGAGAAAAGCCAUCGUUCAAGCUCCAUGUGCAGAGCAUGAGUGGAGAGGAGGUCACCCUCGAAUUGCACCAGGAUGCUACGGUGAACGACUUGCGUGAAGCCAUCCGCUCGAAGAUGGAUGCUGGAGGGUCGGGCUUCCGCUUGAUCUCGGGAAGUCGAUGCUUGGAGGCGCCCAGCGAGAAGCUGACGAGCCUCGAGGUGGAGGAUGGUUCCACCAUCAUUAUGAUGAAGGAGCGCUCUUGCGACUACACUUGCCUGGGAGAAGCGCAGAAGGCCGUGGUGAAAUGCGGUCAGUAUCCCAACGGGCUGGUGUAUCACGGCGACAGGCUGCUGGUUGCGACCUACUUUGGCAUCCUUGAGGUCUACAGCUCAGAGCUCAAGCUGAUCCACAAGGAAAAGCUGGAUGUCCAGGGUCAUCCCAGCCAGAUCUGCAUGGCAGGCGGAUCCUUGGUCGUGGCCAGUCGAGACAGAGGUGGAGUGGUGAUCUUCGAGCCCGUGGACGGCUUCCCUUUCGGACGCGGGUCCCGAUUCUAUGUAACCCGUCGGGUGUGGCGGUCAGUGGAGACCGCGCGCCUUGGUGGAGACAGGAGACUCGACCGCGCGCGGGCCGACCGCGAGGCGGACCGCGUGCGUUGCUGGUUGGAGGUCUUUGUCUCCGAGUAUGGCUACCUGAGCACUUUCCGCCUCAGUGAUGGAGAGCUGCUGGACCGGCGCAAGGGCGGUGUCCACUGGCAGGUUUCCAACCCCUAUGGCCUUUGCAUCAUCGAAGAGAAGUUGCUGGCAGUGGCCGAUCGGGGGGCCGACCGUGUGCUGCUCUUAAGCCUUGAUGAGAUGGAGCUGCUCAGGGAGCUUCCAAUGGAGGGCAGCGCAAGCGGUGUGACGAAGCUUGGGAUGCCCAACGAUGUGGUGGCGGACGCUGCAGGCAACCUGCUGGUGAUGGACACCCGCAACGAACGCGUGGCGGUCUUCCGUCAGGAUGGCACCUUCAUUGCCAGCAUCAUGGAGGGUUUCUUCAAGGACAAGGGGAACACCUUCUCGUACCUGGCGUGCAACGUCGAAACCGGAGUGGUCGCAUUGUCCAACAAUGACAUGCACGAGCUGGCGCUGCUGAGCACUGAUCCGGCACGAUUGGUCGUGGCCGAGUGAGGGGCGGAGUGAUGCAGUCGUUGCUUUGAAUGGAUGUGGUGAUACGAGUCACCAAGGCUGUUCUGCAAGAGCCUUCCGACUAGGUGGGGAAGACAGCAGG